GAGCUCUUCUUAGGCAGUGAAGAUUUCCGUGCCUAUUGCAUACUACCGCCUAAUAUUAUCACCACGCCGUCUCACAAUGGGGUUUUUCAAAGUCGCUGCUGUUGCUCUUGCUCUGUGCUCGGCUGUUAGCCAGGCUUCGGUUUUGCCUCGUGCACCAGGCAUUGUCAAAACUGACUUCGAUGUUCUCAUUGUCGGAGGAGGGCCCGCCGGUCUGAGUGCUCUCAGUGGUGUCUCUCGCGUUCGGAGGACUGCAUUGUUGCUGGAUAGUCAAGAAUAUAGAAACGGCGAGACUCGUCAUAUGCACGAUGUUAUCGGUAACGAUGGCACUGUUCCGGAACAAUUCAGGGGGUUAGCCCGUGAGCAAAUAUCGAGAUAUGAUACUGCCCAGAUUAAGUUCAGGACUGCUAUCUCAAUCGUCUCUCAGAACAAUGGCUCGUCCUUUCUCACAACCGACAACUCCGGGCAGACUUACACUAGCCGGAAGAUCAUCCUGGCAACUGGUCUCCGGGACAUUCUCCCCGAAACCCCGGGCAUUAAGGAGGCUUGGUCACGCGGCAUUUUUUGGUGCCCCUGGUGUGAUGGCUAUGAACAUCGAGACCAACCUUUUGGUAUUCUUGGAUCUCUCCUGGAUGUGGUUGGAAGUGUCUUGGAAGUUGCGACAUUAAACUCCGAUAUUGUGGCUCUACUCAAUGGAACAUAUACGGACGCAAACGUGAAAACGCUCAAUGAGAGGCGCCCGGGAUGGCAGCAACAGCUCAAGGGAUAUGGUGUUAAGCUCGACAAUCGCACCAUCACUAGCAUUGAGAGACUACAAGAUGGUGCUAUUGUUCAGGAUGUCACAGAGCGGAAAGAGUACGAUGAGUUCCGUGUCCAUUUUGCGGACGGCGGCUCUCUCAACCGCUCGGCAUUUAUCACAAAUUUCCCAUCCGUGCAACGCUCUUACAUCGGCAAGCCGCUAGGUGUUAAGUACUACGGGGAGAAGGCGAAUGUCAAUCCAGGGAGCAUGAGGACUGAUGCCUUUGGAAUCUACGCAGUCGGUGAUAUGAAUUCUGACAACUCCACAAACGUCCCUCACGCCAUGUUCUCUGGCAAGAAAGCCGCGGUUUAUGUCCAUGUCGAGCUUGAGCGCGAGAAGGCUGCUACAUUUGUCACCAAGCGUGAUGAGAAUAAGAUUAUGGAUAUUAUGGGCCGUGACGUGGAGGACUUGUGGGCUGAGUUGACUGCCCGCAAGUAAAAGGGGGGGGGUUCGGAGCGAACGUAUAAUUUAAUGGGACGAGGUUUGGAGUUUAUUUGGUGAGUAUUAUAAUCUAAUGGGAAUGAAGUUGGGAGAAUAAUAUGAGAAC